GGAGGAAGUGCCGCCCCGCUGCAGGGACGCCCGGGCCGCGCCAGUGCUCCGGCGGGUCGGGCCAUGGAGGCGGAGCCGCCGCUCUACCCGGUGGCGGGCGGCGCGGGGGCGCAGGGCGAUGAGGACCGGCUCGGGGUCCCCGAUGGGCCCGCGGCCCCGCUGGACGAGCUGGUGGGCGCCUACCCCAACUACAACGAGGAGGAGGAGGAGCGGCGCUACUACCGCCGCAAGCGCCUGGGCGUCCUCACUAACGUGCUGGCCGCCAGCACGGGCGGCACGCUCACCUACGGCGUCUACCUGGGCCUCCUGCAGAUGCAGCUGAUUCUGCACUAUGAUGAGACCUACCGCGAGGUGAAGUACGGAAACAUGGGGCUGCCCGACAUCGACAGCAAGAUGCUGAUAGGCAUCAACGUGACCCCUAUCGCGGCCCUGCUCUACACACCUGUGCUCAUCAGGUUCUUUGGCACCAAGUGGAUGAUGUUCCUGGCUGUGGGCAUCUACGCCCUCUUUGUCUCCACCAACUACUGGGAGCGCUACUACACGCUCGUGCCCUCCGCUGUGGCCCUGGGCAUGGCCAUCGUGCCUCUUUGGGCCUCCAUGGGCAACUACAUCACCAGGAUGGCCCAGAAGUACUACGAGUACUCCCACUAUAAGGAGCGGGAUGAGCAGGGUCCUCAGCAGCGGCCGCCAAGGGGCUCUCAUGCGCCCUAUCUCCUGGUCUUCCAAGCCAUCUUCUAUAGCUUCUUCCACCUGAGCUUUGCCUGCGCCCAGCUGCCCAUGAUCUACUUCCUGAACCACUACCUGUAUGACCUGAACCACACGCUGUUCAACGUGCACAGCUGCGGUACCAACAGCCAGGGCAUCCUCAGCGGCUUCAACAAGACGGUCCUGCGGACGCUACCGCGGAGCCGAAACCUCAUUGUGGUGGAAAGCGUGCUCAUGGCGAUGGCCUUCCUGGCCAUGCUGCUGGUGCUGGGCCUGUGUGGCGCCGCGUACCGGCCCACGGAGGAGAUCGACCUGCGCAGCGUGGGCUGGGGCAACAUCUUCCAGCUGCCCUUCAAGCACGUGCGCGACUUCCGCCUGCGCCACCUUGUGCCGUUCUUUAUCUACAGCGGCUUCGAGGUGCUGUUUGCCUGCACUGGGCUCGCCCUUGGCUAUGGCGUGUGCUCCGUGGGGCUGGAGCGCCUGGCGUACCUCCUCGUAGCCUACAGCCUGGGCGCCUCAGCCUCCUCCGUCCUGGGCCUGCUGGGGCUGUGGCUGCCGCGCUCGGUACCCCUGGUGGCGGGGGCCGGACUGCACCUGCUUCUCACUCUCGGCCUCUUCUUCUGGGCCCCCAAGCCUCGGGUCCUGCAACACACUUGGAUUCUCUAUGCAGCAGCUGCCCUGUGGGGUGUGGGCAGUGCCCUCAACAAGACCGGGCUCAGCACAUGGUGUGCCAAGCGGUGCCAUGUCCACACCCGGGAUCCUAACCGGCGAACCCUGGGCCGCCGAAGCGGAACGUGUGAACUUAACUGCUGCGCCACCAGGCAGGCCCAGAUAUGCCCUUUUUAUAGAGAGGAGCUGGGAGCAGGCGUGAAGCCCCAGCACUGGUCUGCAGAGUAGCAGAUUCCAGGCCCCAAGUCUGGGCUGCUGGGGUGUGGGGCCCCGUUUGCAGAAAGGAGGAGGUGGGACAGAGUUCAGCUGUGUGAUGCUCUGCCCGAAGGUGGGCCUGUGUCAGUGACAACGCAGCUGGUGCACACAGGCACAGCUAUUUGGGUCUUCCAUCUCGGCAUCCAUUCUGCUGGGCCGGUGCUGUUAACAGUUUUGAACAUCAGCCCUGGGGGUAUGGCGUGGUGGAUGUCGUGCCUGCUGCGGGCAGGGCAGGGGCUGGCUCAGGUGACCCCUGCACCCACCAUCCCAGAGUCAGCCACCUGUGUCUGACGUAGGGGAUGGAGCCCCACGUGCUGGACCACAUUGUCUUGGCCGUUUUGCUCAGGGCAACAGGCUCCAGGCAGCGUCCAGCCUGGGUACCUCGGGCCCAUGAUAUGACUGGACGGGCCUGGGCCUGGCGUCCCCUUCUGCCCAGCUCUGCUUCCUGCCUUCACCUUGGGGACCUCGUGUGCUCCGUGUCCCCUCAUAGCAGCCCUGUGGGGUACGGUCACACUGCAGAGCCUCAGGAUGGGGUGUUAAUGUUCUGAGUGCUGGCCAGGGUCCGCUCUGCUGGGCGCUGUGUGGACUUUGUCACCAGAAAACCUCACAUCACAACAUCAUACGUGUCAUCUCAUUUUACACAUGGGGAAGUGGCUCUGGGAGUUCACUUAUCCUGGGCCAGCCACAGAGGCAACAUUUGAAUCCACACCUCUGUGCCAACUCUCUCCACCUUACUUAUAGUCCCGAGAGUAGAAUUUGAGUCUCCUGGCUCCCUGUCCGGUGCUUUCUGCCCACCCCAGGGAGGACUCUUCGGGAAACAGAUUCCCCCUCCCCACUUCAGCUUUGAUCACAGACAGCUUGGUGCUGUAAGCAGGUUCCCUCCCUUAGCACCAGGCAAGGAGGAGGCACAGCCCCGCAGGUGGGAACCCCGCGCCUGGGUUCCGGGAGAGGACAAGACGUGACUGCACAUAGAGCUUUCUGCUUUCGAGGCCACACGUGUGCCCCAGAGGGAGGCCCACCUGAAUCUUGGCUUGGGGCUCACCUGCUCCUGCUGCUGCUCAGCUCCUGGGGCGGUGUCAUACCCAGGGUGUUCGCUGGGUGCGGGGU